AAGCGAGUGGUUGCUACAGCCCUUCUGCCUUUUCUUUUUUUCUUCUUCUCCAUCGCUCGGUCUCUCCUCAACGGAGCUCGGUCUUUCCUCCUGUCAUCCUGAAGCGAUGGUGUAAUUAACAGGGCUCUGUUAGAGAGGAGCUGCCCUGCCUCCUGUAGGAUCUUUUUGCCAAUUGCUGAGACAAAAAAGGGAACGGAACCCUUGCUCUGCCACCAGGCAACUGGGAAAUCCUCUGAGUGUAAAGUGGUUUUUUUAAAUUUUCUUCUCUGGACUUUGCACAGUGGAUUUUGUCUAAUUUUCAUUUGGACACUUUUUUUAAGAACGCUGUGAGGAGGAUUUAGUCUUUUCUACAAGAUAUAAAGAGCUGAAGCUACUUGACACUAGGAAACAAGUGGAUUCAGUGGAUUUUGAGCCCCCCCCCCCACACUACAUGUUGGGGAGCUAAGCUCAACCCCCUGCUGAGAUCCAGCAAGAGCAGUCAAGACCCGGACACAGACAAAUUACACAUUACACAUAUUACCAAGUUGCAGAUCAGAUGCAAACUACACAUGUGCUUCUUCAAUCCAGCAACACCUUCACAUCUGGACCAUAUGUGAGUCUUGCUGACUGGUAGUAGAGUUUCCAUCUCAGUGUGAGAGGGAGGGGAGCGUGCGGUCAACCGGCGGUCAGGAGAAGAUGCCAGCCAUCCUGGUGGCCUCAAAGAUGAAAUCAGGACUGCCCAAACCCAAACCGGUGCACAGCGCCAUUCCCAUCCCCCAGACUCACAAAAGGCCGUCAGCUCUAGCUCUGCCUUCGGCACCCAUCAAGACACAAAUCCCCUCGCUGGGCCAGCAGGUGGGCGCAGGACCCCCAAAAAGCAUCACACCAGGGUCAGAGGACGGAGAAGACACUCAGAUCUACACAGAUUGGGCCAACCACUACCUUGCCAAGUCAGGACACAAGCGUCUGAUCAAGGACCUGCAAACAGACGUCGCAGACGGAGUGCUGCUGGCUGAGAUCAUACAGGUCGUAGCCAAUGAGAAGAUUGGUGAUAUCAAUGGCUGUCCCAAGAGCCGUUCUCAGAUGAUUGAGAACAUUGAUGCCUGCCUCAGUUUCCUGGCUGCAAAAGGAGUCAACAUCCAGGGUCUGUCUUCAGAGGAGAUCCGUAAUGGUAAUCUGAAAGCCAUCCUCGGCCUCUUCUUCAGCUUGUCCCGCUACAAACAGCAGCAGCAGGCCCAGCGGCAGAACUCCCAGCCCCAGGGCACACACCCUCCCCUGAGCCAGCAAAGCAGCGCCCCAGCCCAGCUCAACCACUCUACGCAUGGGACUCCUUCCCUUACAGCCCAGAAAGCAGCACAGGCCGAGAUGCAGUCCAGGGAUGGGUCUCAGAGUAAACUGCUCAAGUUUUCCCUUGGUCAGAAAAAGACCUCUAGACUUCCCGGCCCCUCGGCGAGGGUAUCCACUGCAGGCAGUGACAUCCCUCCAAGAGGCUCGGUCAGCGCUGCUGGGAACAGACGCAGCCAGGGCUUCAGUGACAAGACCAAAGCCAACUCGCACCUGAACAAAGAUUCCUCAGAGGGCAUGACCUCACAACCUUCGGUGAUGACUGAGCAUGCUCCAUCAUCUGCAGUGACCGUCAGCUCCUCCACCAGCAUCCCCGCUGCUACCUCCGGCCAGAUUCCACACCCAUCUUCACUGUCCUCAUCCACCUCCUCCACGGCCAUUCCCCAGCCCAACAGCAACAGCAAGCCCUGGAGGAGCAAGUCAGUGAGCUCCAAGCACAUCUCUCCUUCUCCUUCCUCCACCAGCACCGCUGCGUCUGCCAUGCAGUCCAUUAAGCAGGAGAAAGACACCUUCUGUAAGGCUGAAACUCCUCCAAAGGUCGCCACUCAGAAGUCAAUGCUGGAGAAGUUGAAGCUUUUCAACAGUAAAGGAGGCUCCAAAUCUGCCAGCUCCUCUAACGGAGUAGGGGCCCAGACCGACAACACUGCCCCAGCCAGGCAGUUUGGAGCUAUGCAGGUGGAGAGAGCCGAGACUGGCUCCAACACCGAGCCCCUGGAGGAAGAUGAUGGCAAUGUCCGGCCGGGAAUGAACGGGACAACCUACGGCGCAGCUCCCUCGGCAGGUACUACUGUCUCCACAACCGCCAGCAGCCCCAAAAUCGCCCUGAGGGGCAUUGCCCAGCGCACUUUCAGUAGAGCUUUGACUGCCAAGAAGGGCUCUGUCAAGAGCACAGAGAAGGACAAGGACAAGGAGAGGGGGAAGGAGAAGGACAAAGGGAAGGAGGUGGGAAAACGCAUCUCAGUCCCGGACAGGACAGAUCUCAGGGGGGACGAGCUUAAAGAGGAAGUAGCACCUGUUGCUGUAGACACAGACAGCUCAAACAAACGGACCUCUAAAAUCACCAGCUUCAUUCCCAAGGGGGGUAAAGUGGCCAAAAAGGAGAGUUCCACCCCUGCACACAGCGGAAUACCAAAGCCAGGAGGUAAAGCCCCAGGAGUCGGGGGGAAAGCUUCCUUAGUGAAGGAGUCGGGGGAGAGGCCUCGGAGCAUGCGAUUAGGAGGGGGUCUCACCGUGCAGCGUGGCCCCCUCGACAGAGACAGGGACAGCAGACACUCCAGCUCCACUUCCAGCCUGGCCUCCACAGAGGGAAAGACCAGCGCCUCCCCUGUGGCAGGAGGAGGCACUACACAGAGCACAGCCAGCAACACCAUCAGCGUGCAGCUACCUCAGACUCAACAGCACCACAGCCAUCCCAACACGGCCACCGUCGCACCUUUCAUGUACAGAUCCCAAACAGACGGCGAGCAAACAGCGAACACUGAGAGCGGCUCAGGAGGAAGAGGUGGAGACGGUUCCUUCACCAAGACCAGCCAGCUCUCCAUCGAGGACCUUUCAGGUGAAGACCCAGAGACGAGGCGGUUGCGUACCGUCAAAAACAUAGCAGACCUGCGGCAAAACCUGGAGGAGACCAUGUCCAGCUUGCGAGGAACUCAGGUCACACACAGCACCUUGGAAACCACCUUCGACGGCAGCGUCACCACAGACGUCAGCAGUGGUGGAGGUGGAGGUGGUGGCAGCAGCAACAACAGUGGAGGGAGUCGAAGCAUCCUCAGCCUCACUUCGUCCCGUCCCUCCUUGUCCUCAUGGCGACUGGGCCAGUCCAGCCCUCGUCUGCAGGCGGGCGACGCACCCUCCAUGGGGAACAGCUACGGUGGCCGGGCGGCCGGUGGCCAGGGGGGGCGCUACCUGUACCCAGGGCACCUCCGGCGGCAGCUGGCUGGCAGGGGAGGAGCCCUCUGCAGCGUGGACCUCGGAGACAGGGCCGGGGAGGACAUUGACCUGGACAGCAUUGCCGUGGACGUCACUGGUUACAUGAGCGAUGGAGACGUGCUGACCAAGAAUGCUGCGCGCACUGAUGAUGUCACAAGCGGUUAUAUGACUGACGGAGGUUUGGGUCUGUACACUCGGCGCCUGAACCGCCUGCCCGAUAGCAUGGCCGCCGUCCGAGAGACACUCCACCGAAACACGUCGUCAGGACAGGGAGAUGCUGACAGCUGGGAUGACAGCAGCUCUGUGAGCAGUGGCAUAAGCGACAACAUUGACACAGAUGACAUCAACACCAGCUCCUCCAUCUCCUCCUACGCCAACACGCCCGCUGCACAGCGCAAAGGCCUCAACACACAGCCUGUGACGGAUGCAGAGAAGCACUCGGCAUCAACAGCGGUGCACCAGGCCUGGUCAGGCGACGAGGUGAAGAGGCCAGACGGCGGGUCAGACUGCGGGGUCAGCAGGAUGGAGACAGGCUCCAAGUGGAGCCGCCGGAACCCUUCUGAUGUCUCUGACGAGUCCGACAAGGGUGGCUCGGGGAGGAAGACCCCCUCCGUGUCCCACACAGGCUCUUGGAGGAGGGGCAUGAGCACUCAGGUGGGGGUGACAUCCCCUCGGACUAAAAGCACCAGUAGCACAGGCUCAAUGAGCUCCAGUGGCCUCAAGACCCACAGUUCAGGUAAGACAGAUGACGUCAAAGUGUCAGAAAAGGGUCGUCUUUCUCCUCGUCCUAACGGCCUUCACCGCUCGCCCUCAGACGCAGGACGCAGCAGCGGCGAUGAGGCAAAGAAACAAUCGAUCCCCGCCAGUCGCACGUCCACAACAAACGCCCUCACACACACCGUUUCAGAACCCCACUCCCAGACACAUACAUUCAGCUCACACACCUCGCGCACCCCAACCAGCACCUUCGGCUUCAAGAAGCAGGGCCAUGGGAUGGUAACCAUUGUUACUGCCAGCGGCGCCACCAUAACAAGUGGCUCAGCCACCCUGGGGAAGAUGCCCAAAUCUGGGGCACGAUCGCUUGCAGGAGGGUUAAAGGCCAGUGGGCAGGAUGGCGGGUCGGCGCUGGGUCACCACGACGACGGCUUCCUCCCCAUGAGCGCCCGCUCCACACUGCAGUACCGCAGCCUGCCGAGACCCAGCCGCUCGGGAGCAGCCGCCCGCAACGGAAACCGCUCCUCCACCAGCAGCAUCGAGGCCGCCGUGCUCUCCGUCACAACUCACGGGAAAAACUCAAUCAGCGUCUCCAAGGCCAACGGCUCAGGAGGCCUGUUGGCCAAUCAGACGGAUCGGGAGAAGGGGGUCUCUGACAUCGACCUUCUCAGGAACGGAGUCGUGAUGCAGAGUGGAGGAGCAGCAACUGUUCCGCUGACUGGAAGACAGCCCGUUUCUUCACCGACACUGCGCAGGUUGUUUGGUGGGAAGCCCAGUAAACAGGCUCCCAUCACCACGGCUGAAAACAUGAAGAACUCCACUGUUAUCUCCAACCCCCACGCCACCAUGAACCAUGUGGGCACGGUGCUGGAGUCCCCUGACGGAGGGCUAGGAGGCGUGGACAGCGAUACCAGCAGCCCCCUGUUUGGAGGCAGAGUGCAGGGAAUAGGGAUGGGGACGCUGGGCAGCGAGCAGGCCUCCAGUCCCGGGUCAGUCUACUCCUCCACCGGCCCCUCCAACAGCCUGACGUGGGGUACCACCUUCAGCAGCUCCUCCGCCCAGAGCAGAGAGAGCACGCUGGGCGGGCACGGCGGGACAGGCAGCAGCAUGGGAUACCCCUCCGUCAGCAGCAUGCACACCAGCAGCGAGUCCAUCGACAUGAGCCUGGGCAGCGCCGGCCAUGGGACGCACAGGGAGGACACCCUGUCUGCUUUGGGCCGCGCCGGCAGCGUCAAGACCGGCAUGUCUGAGAGUCCCCUCUCCUCCCCCUCCGCUAGCCCUAUAUUCAGCCGAAACACGCUACCUCGGAAGCAGGACAGCGGGCCACACUGUGGUAGAAACACUCUGCCUAAGAAAGGACUCAGGUAUGGCCCGUCGGCACAGCUGCGAAGCCACGAGGAGGCACGUGAUUGGCUGCGCUCCCACUCCACCAGCGGGCUGCAGGAAUCAGUCGGGAACUCCCCGUUCUCCCCCAGCUCCAGCAUCACCUCCCCCUCCGGCACUCGCUUCAACUUCGGACAACUCGCAUCCAGCCCGACCUCAGCAGCUCAGGUCAACCUCGCCGGUAUGCGCAACAACAGCCUGACCAAUCAGGACGGCUCCUAUGAGCCGUGCAGCGACAACCGACUGAGAAACUCCUGCAUGUCCCUUGACGAAAAGACUCGCACCAUGAGUCGAUCGGGCUCCUUCAGGGACGGCUUUGAGGAAGUUCAUGGAUCAUCCCUGUCUCUGGUCUCCAGCACGUCUUCCAUUUACUCCACAAAUGAGGAGAAGUCUCAGUCGGAGAUCCGCAAGCUGCGCCGGGAGCUGGACGCCUCCCAGGAAAAGGUUUCCGCCCUGACGACGCAGCUGAGUGCCAACGCUCACCUGGUGGCAGCGUUUGAACAGAGUCUGGGCAACAUGACCAUCAGACUGAAGAGUCUCACACUGACAGCAGAGCAGAAGGACUCCGAGCUGAAUGAGUUGAGGAAGACCAUCGAGCUGCUGAAGAAGCAGAACGCUGUUGCUCAGGCGGCCAUCAAUGGAGUCAUCAACACACCUGAACUCACGCCGAAAGGGGACAGGACAGCUGGCAGUAACGGCAGCUCACAGCAGCAGCAGAAUCAGCAGCCAGACCUGCGCAUCAGGAGGCAGCACUCCUCGGACAGUGUCAGCAGCGUCGCCAGCGCAACCAGCCACUCCAGCGUGGGCUCCAACAUGGACAACGACGCAAAAAACAAGAAGAAGAACAAGAAGAACUGGGCAUCUUUCACUGGGGAAAAGGUGUUUUUGUGCACCGGAGGACAAGUCAUUGAUGAUGAUGUCUAUGAGUUGCGAAGCUCCUUCAAACAAGCGUUCAGCAAGAAGAAAUCUCCCAAGUCGGCCUCAUCUCACUCCGACAUUGAGGAGAUGACGGACUCGUCGCUGCCGUCCUCCCCUAAGCUGCCCCACAACGGCACCACAGCCUCCAGCCACAUGCUCAGGAACACACACUCCAGCUCGCUAUUGUCUGAGUGUUUGGACAGCGAGGCGGAGACGGUGAUGCAGCUGCGCAGUGAGCUCAGGGAGAAGGAGAUGAAACUGACUGAUAUCCGCCUGGAGGCUCUCAGCUCUGCUCAUCAGCUGGACCAGCUCCGGGAGGCCAUGAACCGCAUGCAGGUGGAGAUUGGGAAGCUGAAGGUGGAGAAUGACCGUCUGAAGGUGGAGAAUCAGGGCAGCAGGAUGGGGUCCCAGGCCUCCAUCUCUUCCUCUCCUCCCCCUCACACACACAGCCAGGCCCAGGGGCCGGGGCUCUCCCAGCACAGUCUCAACCUCACCACCAGCGAGUCCACCAGCCUGGACAUGCUGCUGGACGACACCGGCGGAGAGGGAGGAACGAGGAAGGAGGGACGACACGUAAAGAUGGUCGUCAGCCUGGACAAGGACAGCAAGUGGGGAGAGGAGGGCCGGCCUCGUCAUUUUCUGAUUGGGUGCAUCGGCGUGAGUGGUAAAACCAAAUGGGACGUCCUUGACGGUGUGGUCCGACGCCUUUUCAAGGAGUACAUCACCCAUGUGGACCCAGUGAGCCAGCUGGGCCUGAGCUCAGACAGUGUAGAGGGAUACAACAUCGGAGAAAUCCACCGGCCCAGCGUCCCUGGCGCCGCCCAAACACCCGAGCUGCUGCCCUGUGGCUACCUCGUGGGAGACAGCAAUACCAUCAACAUCCAGCUCAAAGGUGUGACCACUGAGAACGUGGACUCUCUGGUGUUCGACACUCUGAUCCCGAAGCCAAUGUUGCAGCGCUACGUCUCCCUCCUGAAGGAGCACAGGCGCGUCAUCCUGUCGGGCCCCAGCGGUACAGGAAAGACCUACCUGGCCAAUCAGCUGUCUCAACACCUGCUACUGCUGGAGGGCCGGCCUCUGACCCCAAAUGCUGUCGUCACGUUUAACGUGGACCACAAGUCCAGCAAGGAGUUGCGUCAGUACCUGUCUGGUUUAGCCGAGCAGUGCAGCGGUGUCUCUGGGACGGACAACCCUCUUGUGGUCAUUCUGGACAACCUGCACCACGUCAGCUCCCUGGGAGAGAUCUUUAAUGGCGUCUUCAACUGCAACUAUAAGCACUGCCCCUACAUUAUCGGCACAAUGAGCCAAGCCACGUCGUCGGCCCCCAACUUGCAGCUUCACCACAACUUCAGGUGGGUGCUGUGUGCCAACCACAUGGAGCCGGUGAAAGGCUUCCUUGGCCGCUACCUGAGGAGGAAGCUGAUCGAGACUGAGAUUGGCAGCCGAACGCGCAACAUGGAGCUGGUAAAGAUCGUCGACUGGAUCCCGCGGGUUUGGCACCACCUCAACCGUUUCCUGGAGACGCACAGCUCCUCUGACGUCACCAUUGGACCUCGUCUCCUCUUGUCCUGUCCCAUGGACGUGAAGGGAUCCAGGGUUUGGUUCACCGACCUCUGGAACUACUCCAUCAUCCCCUACAUGCUGGAGGCUGUACGAGAGGGACUGCAGCUGUACGGCCGCCGGGCUGCGUGGGAGGACCCUGCUGCCUGGGUGAUUGACACCUACCCGUGGUCAGCCACGUCCACUCCGGCUGAUUGGCCCCCGCUGCUGCAGCUCCGCCCAGAGGACGUGGGUUUCGAUGGCUAUUCUGUCCCCAGAGAAGGAGUCAGGAAAGAGCCCCCACAGAGCGACAGCGACGCAGACCCACUGAUGAACAUGCUGAUGCGUCUGAAGGAGGCGGCGACGUCGUCGAGCCCGCAGAGCUACGACAGCGACUCCAACAGCAACAGUCACCAGGACGACAUCCUGGACUCGUCGCUGGAGUCCACCUUGUGAUGCAACGCUGGGACAGGUUUUGAGGAGGAACUGUUCUCACUGGGAGAACUUCUUGUUUAGAGUAUAAUUCUCUGUCACAAAAUCCAGCCACCUUAAUUUGGGUGCAGGUAACCCAAAUAUUUAAAAAGAAGAAGAACAAAAAAAAGGUUCAAAUUCAUUUCAGAAAACGGGCGACAAAAGGUUUCUGCGCUGUUUUUUUGUUUUGUUUUUCACCGUUGUGGCCCGUGGCUCCUCUGUCAGGAGCCUGACAUCUACUUCAGACAGACGGAAUAAAAACACACAGUCUGUCACUGUUGUUUGCGUACUUAAACACCAGCCAGGAGUUCUCCAAUCCCCCCUGAGCCACAGCAUCGGCUCCUGCUCAUCAGGCUGAGAUACCCCUGGUCUUGCCCAGCUGCAGUGUGUCUGAGCAGGCUGCAGAUGGCGAUACAGACCCUUGUCUCUGGAGCGUCAGUAAGCCUGAGCCAGCAGCCGCUGAGAACACAGAUGAGGCUGUUGGACGGAUUACCAGCCAGCAGUGUCCUGGCUCUUCCUCCUCUUCUACGGCUGAAGUUGCCAGUGUGAUUGCUGAAGGAUAAAUCGAGGCAAAGUGAAUGUUAAGUCCUACAGCGUGCAACCUCACAACUUGUAAAAACUCCUCAGAGAUCAUUAAUUUCAUCCCAAACUCUGGUUUGAUUCAACUCUAGUCCACGAAGGAGAUGUGUGUUCACAGAAAGCAACUAAGAGAGCACAAAUAAAAAUAGUAAUCCAUAUCUCCUCAUGCACAAAAAGGAGGAGAAUAGAGAAAUGUGUUACUGCAAAUGCAUUAUAUAAUCAUGCUAACACUGCAUCAACACUGCUCAACCGCAAAGACAGGGACAGUGUAAAAGUCCAAGCAUUCUUACCACAAUCCUUGCUGACACCUUUUUGUUCCUUCAUAUGGAACUUUUCAUCAAUGUGUUGAAGAGAAAUUUGACAUAGCAAGGACAAAAAAAAACUAAAGUUUACAAAAUCCCUUCUUAGUUCCUCGUUCUAAUAAAAAACAACUGGUAAAUCAACAUUCACCAUGGCUAGAUUUAUCCUUUUACCGUGUUUAAGUAAAUGUCAUUGCCAUCAGUGUUGUAACUUUCCAUGCAACUUGACAAACGACGCCUCUACCACUUCUAAGUUCUCGCUGUGACCAUUAAAUAACUCUUUGAGAUCUCCAUGCACAUUGGCCCAAAAAGGCUGUUGUAGCACAAAUCUCUUCUGGUGCUAGACUGAAUUCUAACAAUCAAUGCCUUACUCUUUUCUAACAGAAUAUGUGCACUCGCUGAUUCUUUAUUUGUCUAAAUGGCUGUAAACGUAACAGGGCUCAAGAGUCGACUCUCUCCUCGAGCACCGUCGACCUCUCGUCAUAUCAGACACCGUUGCCGUGGGAUUGAGACGUGAAUGAGAAACAGUACUUGGGGUUUCCAAUUAAGUUGUAUGCAUGUAUGACCCAGUGCUGUGAAGCUGGUGUAAAUAUUCGGACCACUAGCAAGAAAGACAAAUUAUAUUGAUGUGUUUUGGUGCUCGAAAUCCGAACGUUGUGCGGGUUGAUUGGAUGAGGGAAGUUUCAGAAGAUGUGUUUCGAUUUUUAUACCUCAUCUUCAUCCUUUAACUGUGCUUUCGCCACGCUCACGGCCUGUUUUGUGUGAUUUGUGAUGGUCAAAACUGUCCUAACAAACGUGUUGAACUAAUUAAGUGAAAACUAGUGUAUAUGCUGCUUUGUUUAUAGUGAUCUAAUUAAUCUGAGGUUAAAGGUAUAAAGGUACUUGUGGUUGAAUGAUGUAGAACGGUUUGACAUUUCUGUUGCUUAAAAUAUAAAGAAUAUUGUACUUUUUUUGUAGUUGCUUUAAACCUCCCAGCCUGCCUUCUGGGAAGGGCAGGCGGACGUUUAAAGCCGGGGCUCAUGUCAUACAGCACAGCUUCCAUUGCUUUCAGUGUUUUCACUCACAGAUCCUAUGCAAAGUUCAUUCUGAUCUCCUAAUGGAAGCCAAAAGCUGAAUGUGCGUUUGUCCCCUGUUUUCAGCACUGCCGAGACGUACAGCAUGGUUCGUGAGGACUUGUCAGAUUUGUGGCCCAUGUUCUUUGUCCAGAUGUGUCUGUGUAGUUUAAAAGGCUCUCCUGCUAUGGUCCUUGUAAGCACAAAGAGACUGAUUCUCUGUUUGUCCUGAGUAAAGCCUGCUCUGAGAGGUGUGGAUGUUGUUGAAGCAUUUGACCAGUCUGUCAGUUUAUUACUCACAAACUCAAUGAAUGUUUAGCCUUCUUUGCUAUGUACAUUUUUUAUAUGUAACAUAACUUUGUAAAUAGUUGAUUAUCUUGCAGCAGAUUGAUGACUUUUUCUAGCUGAUUUGUUACAGUACUUGAAAAGGAGUAUUUUGUGUACAGUCUCUUUACAUCAGAGCAGAUUGAUGCGGUUUGUCAUCACUGGUCUGUCCAGGGCUCGGAGAAUUAAAUCUGAUAUCACUGUACUAGUCUUAAGUUAUUGUGAUUCAAUAAAAUGAUUAUUUAUGAUUGAA